ACUGUGUUACUAUAACUACCAGUGUUCGCGCGGAUUUUGUAGCGAAAACCGACUUAAUAGGAAUGCGUACGUUUGCAUCUUAUACAAAUUAUUGUAUUCUAUAUAGGUAUAUAUUAUUUAUACUUUUUUUUAUAACACUUGUAAUUUUAUAGGGUCUACAAGGCCCUAUAGGCUUUUCCGAAAUGCUCAGUUUAGUUAUUUUGUUCCUUUUAUCGUGUGCAUAUUAUAUUUAUUUUCGACGAAUUAGAAAACCACUUUAUGAGCUUUCCCAAAGUUUACCAAACAUUGGAUGUUUACCGAUUAUUGGACAUACACAUUGGUUUAUAGGAGGUCCUGAAAGAGUUUUAAAAAAUAUACAGCAUCUGGCCGGCCUGGUAGACGAUUCGGGUGGGGUUAGUAAAAUUUGGAUUGGUCCAUCUUUAUACAUAGUUUCAUUUAAUCCCGAUGAUGUUCAAAAGAUUUUGGAGAACUGUUUACAAAAGGAUUCAUCGUACAGAUUUCUUCAAACUUGGCUAGGGAACGGUCUCUUCGUUGCACCAGUGGAUCUAUGGAAGGCACAUCGUAGAGUGCUGUUGCCCGUAUUCCACAGUCGAAUAAUUGAUGAUUUCAUCGAUGUUUUCGGCGAACAGGGAAACGUAUUGGUGACGCGUCUGAAAGAACGAUUAGACAAGCCGAAGUUCGACGUGUUCAAAUAUAUCACUUCAUGUAUGCUGGACAUUGUGUUUGAAACAGCUAUGGGCGAAAAAAUGGACGUGCAACAUAACCCCGAUACACCAUACUUGCGCGCGCGAAACUCUGUCAUCUCUAUAAUUGGGAUGCGAUUGUUCAAAGCUUGGAUGCAACCUGAUGUUCUUUUCAACCUUACCUCUUAUUCCAAGCUACAGAAAGAAAAUAUCGAUCUAACGCACAAGUUUACGGAUGAGGUAGUGAGGAGAAAAAGAAUAUUAUUCGAGGAGAAAGGCCCCGUGCAAAAAUAUGGUCGUCGAGACCUUUUGGAGCUUUUACUGGACAAAGAAAUGAAGUUCACAGACGAAGAGUUGCGGGAUCACGUAGAUUCUAUUACGAUUGCUGGAAAUGAUACUACAGCUUUGGUCAUAUCUUACGCUCUGUUAUUGCUUGGCUCCCAUCCCGAAGCACAGGAAAGAGUUUAUUUAGAAUUAAAGGGUAUUUUUGGAGAGUCAUCAAGAGCCCCAACUAAAGAGGAUGUCAAUAAAAUGGAUUACUUAGAGAGAGUAAUCAAGGAGACCAUGAGAUUAUACACUGUUGUCCCGAUCAUCGGCAGGGAGACGCAAAAAGAACUAAAGCUCUCUACAUGCACCAUUCCAGCGGGUGUGGGUUGUGCUGUGCUACCAUUCAUAAUGCACAGGUCAAAACGUAUCUGGGGACCUGACGCUGACGUUUUCAAUCCAGAUAGAUUUUUACCUGAAGCCAGUGCGAAGAGGCAUCCAUGCUCCUAUAUACCCUUCAGUUAUGGAGCUAGAAAUUGUAUAGGACGUCACUUUGGAAUGAUAGCAAUGAAGAGUAUCCUUGCAAAUGUUCUACGAAGUUACAAAGUUACGUCCAGUACUUGCGAUCGUCUAAAGAUUGAAAUACUCCUGUUUCCAGUUUCAGGACACAUGAUUUCUAUAGAAAAUCGUUAGUCCUUCAAAAAAAAAAAGUAGGCUGUCCACAGUGUAGUUCUAACUAGUUUACGGAGCUGUAAAUAUGAAAUCCUGCUUUAUUUUAUUA